AUGCAAGCUGAUAUCACUACUUGGUUAGGUCAAUGUCCACGUUGUCAAUUAGCAUCGGGUGCCGAAAAACAUGUCCAUCAUGCACCUACGCGCCCAUUGAGUAUUCCGGAAGCAUUCAGUCGUUGGCAUUUGGAUUUCGUUGGCGAGUUACCAAGAACAGCAAGGGGUAAUCGACGGAUAUUAGUAGCUGUUCAUUAUGCUACGAAUUGGCCAAUUGCGGUAGCAAUGCCUGAUGCAACUGCUGAAGCCAUUGCCGAUAUCAUUUACAAGGAGAUUGUCAUGCGUUUUGGAGUGCCUGAAGAAAUCUUGACGGAUAGGGGUCCCAAUUUCAUGUCACGCAUACUUGCUCAUUAUACGGCUCGUGUUGGCGCUCACCAUCUUUUUACAUCAGCAUUCCAUCCAAGGACUAACGGCAAAUGUGAACGUCUCAACGGUGUCCUUAAGCAAAUCUUACGCAAAUACGCUCAUGGCGACAUUUAUCCUUGGGAUGAUUACCGGG